ACCACGUUCAUUCACCAACCAGUUGCAUGUGCUACAACUAAUGCAUGCUCAAGUGGUAAUCUGAGCAAUGAAGGCCCGGUCGCCAACCCUGCACGGAAUUGAAAUGCGCACCUUUUUGCUGUGCUACGCCUCGCGGCUCCCUGGUUGCUGCCCAGCUCGCCAUUGCUGCGCAAGUCCGAGUGCUCCGGGCGGAGCUCGAAAUUUUGUAUUAUAAGGACGGGUUUUUGAAGCGGGACCGCCAACCUAUCCUCCCCUUUGCCACGUCGUGCCUUUCGUCUCUCUGAUAUGACUGAGGAGAAUCAGGAUCAGGCUCAAGUUGCAGCUAACGCGCGCCUGAAGCGGCAGCGCGAUGCGCUCCAAGAGAAACUAGACAAGAUACAGCGCAAGAAGGAUGCUACCCUCACUGCGUUCACGACCGCCGCGCGAGGAUUAAGGAAGGUCGUCAGUGCUUUUGUCAGCGCCUCCGACCUUCAGGAUGAGAUGGACCGUCGGGAUGAGUUUGGGGAUCUCACAAAGGAUCCUUCUGACCAGCGUCGGGCGGACCGCAACCGGGACAGCUACCGCAUCAUGUACACGCUGCUUGGAGAGCACCUCCGCUCUGUCAUGAUCGACCCCGAGGCCGACAUGACGGUUUUUUGGGCCAGUGUCUGGAACGUCAGUGGUGUCGCGCGCUCUGAGGACAACGGCAGGGUCCGGCGCUGCCUUGCGUCCUGGCUGAAUGAAGCGCCGUACAACGUCCGCCCGCUUUUGCGCGGGAACAACCGCGAGAAUCGCGGUAUCGGUCACAACGAUGUCGGCGCUUAUGUCGUCUCUAUCAAGACGAAGUGGUCCGAACCUGAUGUUCGUGCACUUAUACGUGCAGGGGACCCUACACAUCGCAAGCGUGGUGGUUUCUGGUUUUCGUGCCUAUACGGUAAGAAUCGAGGCGACCCGGAGGACCUCGAGAAGGGCUUCCUACGUGGGUCUUUACUCGUCAAGACGUUCUGCGCGAUUUUCAUAGCUGAUCUCUCGACGGAUGAUGUCGAUGACAACUCUGGCGACGACGAGCCAAAUGCCAAGCGUGCAAAGAUCGAGCAUACAACUAAGCAGAACAUUUCGAAGCUCCUCAAGAUGGAUAAUAAGGCGACGCCGCGAUCAAUCGCGUACUCUGCGGUUCUGCUGCACUUCAAUCUCACCGACGCGAAAACCUGGUCCGACACUUACCAAGGCGUCAACUACCCCGAAUUCUAUAAUUUCAUUGUGGACUACUUUGAGAACAACGACACAAACACGCCGCUCGGGCGCCUUGCACAGGGUGAAGCGGACGCGACGCUGCUAUGGUUUUCCCAGCAGGCGUUCCCGACCGAUACGGACACGGCAAUCGAGGUUGGGCAGGCGUGGAGCGAGCUUGGGGCACAACGCGCGAAGAAGCUCGCCGACGCAGAGGAGGCUAGGAUGGCACGAAGCUCAUCGAGCGCGUCGGGUAGUUAGAUAUCAAUGCUAUCCCAAUGAAUCCGUAGCUCCGCUCUACGUAUGACUGGCUCAAAUUGCAUUUGCUUGUCCC